UACACCCAGCCACCUCGACGCGUGCUCGUGUCAACGUGGCGAGCGCCGGCCAAUCAGCGCCCGAUUCUCAGUCCAGAACCUUCUGUAAACACGCCCAUCGGAGGCGGGCAAGUAUUCUAAUUCCCGACAGUACGCCCUUCACCACGCCCAACCCCGUCCAACCAUUUAAAGGGGCCGUGCGCUAUAUAGAAAGUUCUGAUCCUGAGUUGGGAGGUUGGAGUGUGAUAUCUGGGUCUGCCUCUGCUGGAAGGAUGAAGAUCCUAAGCGUACUCUUUGCUGUGACUCUUUGUUCAUGGUUAGUGACCUGUGUGCCAACUCAGGAGAAAAAAGAUCGUAUUCACCACGGUAAAGACUUAAGUGACCACAAGCACGAUGACAGCACGGACUUUCAGUAUGACCAUGAAGCCUUCCUGGGCAAGGAGGAAGCGAAGACCUUCGACCAGCUGACCCCAGAGGAGAGCAAAGAGAGACUGGGGAAAAUGUUUGAUAAGAUUGACAGCAAUAAUGAUACCUAUGUCACGGCGGCUGAACUCCUGGUGUGGAUUAAGUUUGUACACAGGCGCUUUGUCUCAGAAGAUGUAGUUAAACAAAUGGCGAUGGUUGAUAAGAACCGGGACAGCUUUGUGUCUUGGGAGGAGUACUACAAUCACACUUACUCCCAUCUGAUAGAUGAAGAACCAUUUUACGAUGUUGUUGACAAGGAAAAAUACAGAAAUAUGAUGAAACGGGAUGAACGCAGAUUUAAGCAAGCAGAUAAAGAUGGCGAUCUGAUAGCCACCCGGGAUGAAUUCACCGCAUUCCUGCAUCCAGAAGAGUUUGACUACAUGAAGGAUAUUGUGAUCACAGAGACCAUUGAGGACAUAGAUAAAAAUGGAGAUAUGUUAGUAGAUGUUAAUGAAUACAUAGCGGACAUGUACACUCCGGAAAACGACGAACCUGAGCCAGAAUGGGUAAAGUCAGAGCGUCAUCAGUUUGCAGAGCAUCGCGACUUGAAUAAGGAUGGCAAAUUGGACCGAUCAGAGAUUGGCCAUUGGAUCCAUCCUCAUGAAUACGAUCACAAAGAGUUGGAAGCCAAACAUCUGAUUUAUGAGUCCGAUAAAGACCGGGAUGAUAAACUAACCAAAAAAGAGAUUUUGGACAACUGGAACAUGUUUGUCGGCAGUCAAGCAACUAACUACGGUGAAGACUUGACGAGGCGGCAUGAUGAAUUUUGAUGGACGUCUGUCUGCUCGCUCCUGGUUGGGCUUACACCGCCUCAGCACAUUGCUGAUGCCUUAGAGACUGGAUUCCAAUAGUGGCAAUGGGGACCUCGGUACAAGAGGGCCAAAUCCUUUUUUUUUUUUUUUUUUU